GAGGGAGAAUCCAUGGAAACGGCAGACUGGCGUGCUAGCCUUUAGCAUAGUUAGUUAGCGUGAAACAGGGACAAACGUAGACGUGCGCUGCCGCCAUUUCAUUUAGUUAAUCUCUGCGAAGAUGAGUCGGACACCUGAUGCAAGAGCGAGGGACAACCAGACAAGAAGGAUCCAGGAGAGUGUCACCAAUGUAGAAAAACAUUUUGGAGAGAUGUGCCAGCUUUUUGCUGGCUAUGUUCGUAAAACAGCCAGGCUGCGGGACAAGGCUGACCUCCUGGUUCGUGAGAUCGGCUUGUAUGCUGACACAGAAACGCCAAAUCUAAAGAGGGGUAUGAAGCAGUAUGCUGACCACCUGGCCAAGAUUCAAGACUACCGCCAAGCUGAGGUGGAAAGACUUGAAGCCAAAGUCAUAGAGCCAUUAAAAGGUUAUGGUGACGUUGUGAAACGUAAAAGGGACGAUCUGAAGACGACGCAAAGUGCCAGAGACAGAGAAGCUAAACAGAUGGCUCAGCUUGAGAGGACCAGACAAAGAAACCCCUCAGACAGGCAAAUUAUUUCUCAGGCUGAAAGUGAGCUUCAGAGAGCCACAAUGGAUGCCACACGGACAACCAGGCAGCUGGAGGAGACCAUAGAUGAGUUCGAGAAACAGAAAAUCCGGGACAUCAAGAAAAUAUUCGGUGAGUUUGUGACAGUGGAGAUGUCAUUCCAUGCGAAGGCCUUGGAGUUGUACACCAUGGCCCAUCAGAGCAUUCAAAGUGUGGAUGAGGAGGAGGACCUAGAGGUGUUCAGGAGUUCGCUGCAUCCCCCUGACUACCAGUCACGCUUAGACAUAGUACGAGCUAAUUCUAAAACCUCCCUCGAUCGGACCGGCUCCUUUCUGAGUACUUCAGGGACUUUACAGCAACAAAGAGCUUACAGUCAGCAGACGAGAGGUGAAGAGGAGGACAACGACGACGAAGAUGAGUCUGAGGAGGAGGACGAGGAGGAGGAGGAGGACACAGAUGAAGAAGAUUAAAUUCAGUGAAAAUGAUCUGUAUUUAUAAUCGUGCUUUUCUAGUCUUCUGUUUUGCCAUUCGCACAGUGCAUCUACAGCGAGAGAUUGAACCUCUCUGGUUGGACGACGACCUGCUCUACCAGAUGUAUUAUCCCUUUGUUUGUUUCUGUUUUUGUAAAAGAAAAGCAAUGUCAUUGCCAAAAUCCCCUCUGUUACAGGUGAUCUGAGCAGUAUUUAAGUGGUGCUUUACUGUUGUGCUGUGCUUUGUAAGCGAGCUUGUUCUUCUUUACUAAUAUUAGUUUGUUGUUUUUGCGUCUGUAAAUUUUUAUAUUGCACACAAAGCGAAGAUGUGCAAUAUAUGGUGUCACGUCUUUAUAAAUAAAAAUGAGUUUGUUAUUUUC